AUGAUGAGAAAAGCCAAACGACAAAGUUCAAAUGAAUUUCAAAGAAGGCAGUUAGUAUCAGCCCACCAUUAUGAGCGACUGGAUAACAUUCUAGCAUCCAAUGAACUUGAACGGGUAGACGUACCUCCUUACGGAGAUUGCUUCUUUGCCGCUGUCUUAACAUCAAUUACUGGAAUGAACCCAGAACAAACAGCAACAAAUUCACUAAGAAGCAAAGUAUGUAAACAUUUAAAUGAAAAGAAAAAUCACUAUAAAAUUGAAGGUAUUAAUGACAAUUACGAAAAUGAUAUUGAUAGCUUAAAGACCCCUGGUCAUUGGGACUGUGAAAUUGCAGAUUCUAUACCACUGGUUAUGGCAAACAUGACGGGACGUCCAUUGCGAAUUUUUUCAAGUGAUGUGAAUAUCCCAAUUCUAGAUGUUCAUCCUGAUAUAGUAGAUGUUCCCACCUUAGAAAAAAAGAAACCCAUAUAUUUAGAAAAAGAAAAACCCAUAUAUUUGGCUUACUUGAAGGUUCCUAAUGAAGAACACUAUGACGCAGUACAGCCUAAGAAAGGGAUACAAUGUACAGCACUAGAUAAAGAGCUAUACACAAAAUUGACUGAACUUGAAGUUCAGAAACAGAAAUUGGAAACUGAUAGGAAGAAAAAAGAAGAUCUACUAUUAGAAACUGCUGAAAUGGAAUCCAGUACACCAAGAAAGAGAGUGAAACAUGACCACACUGUACCAACCACACCAAAGUCAACAAAAUGUGGUUACUAA